UAGUACGUCAUUUGACGUCAGUCUGCUACCUGGGUAGUUUCUUCACCAUUAUUUACUUUCAUGUUAAUCGUUAAAGAAUGACUUACCCAAGAUGAAUUUGAGUUUCUUUCGUCUUCUUGCGAAUAUCACUAUGCACGUCACCACGAAAAACACCCGCCUCAAUACUUUGUGCUCAAUAAGGGAAAAUAGUUGACCAGGUAACGAAAAUGCGACUACGGACGCAUCACAAUGUCGUCAUAUGGAUUCUUACCCAGCAAAAAUUCAACGUAAGAGCCGAAUUCGCAAUUUGCUGCAUUUUACGAUAAUGCGCGCAUUAGAAGCAUAGGAAAGACAGGCCAAUAAGCGAAUGUACGGUUCGAGUUGAAUAAAAAAUGAGCCGCGGAACAUUCGUGCCGCGGCUAUGUGACGAGCACAUCAUCCGUUAUCGGCAACAUAGUGACAGCCAUUACUUCAGCCCGAUGGCGAAGAAACGAUGGAACAAGGACAUCGCGUACGCGAUGACUCCCUUCAAAUUGCUAACGUGGCCGAUCGGCGUUUGGCCGCUUCAGGUUUUCAACGUUUUCUCGCUAAUACGGUGGAUCAUGACUACCUGUUGCCUGAGCACGGUAGUGAUCAUGCCGGCGCUCGAAAUCCAAUUCGGCUGCACCAAUACGGACAUGAACGUAGACUCCCUCAUGCUGACUUCUUGCGGGGCACUAGCCAUGUUGAAGACGAUAAUGUUUCGCGUUUACACGGAACAACUAGCUGACAAUUACAAUUCCGCGAUAAACGAUUACCUCACAAUCGAGGAUGAAGAAAAGCGCGUCAUUAUGCGACGACACGCUUCUCUUGGGAGGAUGCUCGCCUGUUUCAUGGUGUGUUUCUCGUACUUCGCCAGCGCGAUAUGUACGCUAAUCUCUGUUCUAACGAAAAACGAAGAUACGCAGCUCAACGUAACGAACGUAGAGACAGUGGAGGAGUACCCGAUACCGUCGAGAUGUACUUUAGAGUACUUGCAUGUACCGACUAGCAUGGCUAAGAUAAUUCGCUUAUUCGAAUUUAUGGCUCUUAUACUCACGAGUACCAGUAACCACGGUACCGACGCUUUGUUUCUCAACAUUACAUUGCAUGUUUGCGGCCAAGUGAAAAUCCUGAAGGCCGACUUUAACAAUUUUGAUACCGCGGGUCCGAGAGCCCACGAGCGCUUCGUCGCGUUGAUCGAUAGACACAACUACCUGUUAACGAUGGCCAGCAAACUCGCUGAGGCGAUCAGUAUCGUUAUAUUGAUACAAUUUUUUAUUAGCAGCAUCCUUUUGUGUAUAAUAGAGCUUCAACUUAUCUUCGCAUUGAAGACCAACAAUUUCGGCGGGGUGGCCAAAGAUAUCGUGAUAUUGACCUCUUUUAUGACACAGUUGUCAUCGUACAGUUUCGUCGGAGACUACCUGAAGUCCCAAAUAGAGGAAGUUGGGCUGUCUAUUUAUCAAAGCACCUGGUACAAUCUUCCUCCGUCAGUGAUGAAAAACAUCGUCUUUAUUAUGAUGUGGGAUCAAUCUCCCGUGAAACUUCAAGCUGGGAACUUUAUCGUGGUGAAUCUGUCGACCUAUAUGAACAUCAUUAAAACAUCGAUGUCUUAUCUAUCUGUUCUACGCGUGAUGGUAGACGCGUGAGAGACGCUUAAGUAUAAUAAAAUGAAAAUUAUGAUCUAUGAUCCUGUAAUCGGUCGUAGAUGAAAUUCCGCAAUAUAGAGAAACAAUGCAUCUCAUAAUAAUCAUUUUUGCAAAAUCAUCAAGUCAAAAUGUAUUCGUUCGUGUGUCAAUAGAGUGACUGAAGAAGGAGCGACCUUCUUUUGUGCAACAGCGAUGAGAAAAGAAGCGAGAAAUUCUUUCCGCUAAAUUCAUCAAUUACCUACGUUUUUCCGUAAAUUGAUGUAAACGCUAAAUUGCACAUUAGGACUUGUACCAACGGUUUUGUUAUGCCAACGGAAAAUGCAAUUCUAGGUGGAGAAAAAGGGAUUUCUCUCCCUUCUC